AUUUCAGUUGCGCUUGGUCAGCACAGACCGUUCGUCUCCAUGAUCCACUGCUUCAACGCAGUGCAGAAGUGUUGCUCAGGGCUCUGCGAUGGAUGCGGAAAUGCAUGUGAAGCUUGCGGCCGUUGCUCUGUAGACCUCUGCGGCGGCUGUGAGCAAACCUGCAAGACCUGCUGCAGGCCACUAGCCACAAUCACCAGCAAACCUUUGGGCUGCUUCGUGAUAAUCGCCGCAGUGUUGAACCUUCCUGCAGCCGCCUUUGCUAUUGCCAGCCUGCAGAACCCACAGCUGCGGGCUUGUAAGGUUAGCAAUUUCUGCUACGGAACUGUUGGUAUAGCUUUGAUCAAUGUGACCUUCUCCCUGUACCUUCAGUGGCGCUUGGACCUUUCGAUUCGAUCUGGCACAGAGCAGGGUGCACGCGCGCUUGUGCAGGAGGCGUCUCAAAUUAUUCUGUAUGACUUCGGCUUCUGCUUUUAUGUCAUGUUCUUCGUUUUCAGUGUGGUCUACAGUUUCCUUGGCAUCGGGUGGAGUGCAGAUUGUCCCGCUCGUGACUCCGCUCCCAUCUGGGCUGCAGUCUUCCUGUUACUCUUUGCAUUUUGGACGGCCCUGUUCAGCUGCUGUUGGGGACUCGCUGCAAGCUGUUGGGGCGUUCUGGAGACCAUUGGCAUCUCAUCAUCCUUUGCAAACCUCUUCUUCGGCAGUACCAACUCUGCAAGGGAGAGGCCGGCAUUUGUCCCAGCAGUUCCACCAGCAGCCCCGGUAUGGCAAACGCAGCCUCAGCCUCCAGGGGGCGCAACUGCAUCGCAGGCGCUCUAUGGUGGCCAAUGAGAGCUCUUGAGCGGCAAGGGGGUUGAGCCUCAUCUGAUUGUUCACAAUUCUAUGGGGUGUGAUGUAAGGCAGGUUCUCAAAGAAGCAUGGUGAAAUCCAUCUCUGGAGUUGGAAGACUUGCAUGGAAGAUGCUGAUGCCGCUCCUGUGGCAGAUGAAUGAUAUUGAAUGAUAUUGAAC